GAUUCUGGUUUCAAUGCAUCAUUUUAUAAAUUUCUUUGGACGGCACUAACAAUUUUAGUUGAUGAUCGUGCAACAUGUACAUAUGCACAUGCUAGUUUUGAUGAAAUUUUAAAUUUUUACAAUGCACCAGGUGAACAACGACAAGUUUUUGUCUAUCAUUAUGGUCUUGAAAAUGAAAAACCAACAUUUCCUAUUGAUUCUAUAUCAGCUAUAUCACCUGGUCAAGGUAUACAAUUAAUACUACCUCAGUAA